AUGCACUCAUCUUGUAAAGACCAGACUGCAAACAUGCUCUGGAAACUCGUGGAAAACGUCAAAUACGAAGACAUCUACGAGGACCGACACGAUGGAGUUAACAGUCACAGUUCGAGGCUGUCCCAACUCGGGUCGGUCUCCCAGGGACACUAUUCAACUGCUCCACCGCUUUCUCACACCCCGACGUCGGACUUUCAACCGCCAUACUUCCCUCCUCCGUACCAACCUCUCCCAUACCACCAGAGCCAGGAUCCGUACACGCACGUCAACGACCCUUACUCCCUGAACGCUCUUCACCAACCUCAGCAACACCCCUGGCAGCAAAGACAGCGGCAAGACGUGGGUGCCGAGCCCAGUCUACUACACCAGCCCCGGGUCUUGCCCCAGAUCACAGGGCUGGACCCUCGCCGGGAUUACCCCGGCGUGCGGCGGCCAGACGUUCUCGUCCAUUCUGCUCAUGGACUGGAGUCGGGGAUGGGAGAUAGUCUGUCUCUGCACAGUAUCAGCCACCAAGGCAUGGAAGACAUCCAGGCUUUGGAUGACACGGCUACGACUGGCAUGAGUUUAUUGGACCAAUCCGUCAUUAAAAAGGUCCCACUCCCUCAGAAGAAUAUCACAUCCUUGAUGAUGAACAAAGACAAUCUGCUCGGUGGAAUUGCUAACCACAACGAGGUGUUCUGCUCGGUGCCGGGGCGCUUGUCCCUUCUCAGUUCCACGUCCAAGUACAAGGUGACUGUGGGGGAAGUCCAAAGGCGCCUUUCCCCACCAGAAUGCCUGAACGCGUCAUUGUUGGGGGGAGUGCUGAGAAGAGCCAAAUCGAAAAAUGGUGGAAGGUCGUUAAGAGAAAAGCUUGAGAAGAUCGGAUUAAAUUUACCCGCAGGCAGGCGUAAAGCAGCGAACGUCACUUUACUAACCUCACUGGUAGAAGGCGAGGCCGUGCAUUUAGCCCGGGACUUUGGGUAUAUUUGUGAGACGGAAUUCCCCGCCAAAGCGGCCGCUGACUACCUGAACAGGCAACACGCUGAUCCCAACGAGCUGCACUCCAGAAAGAACAUGAUACUGGCCACAAAGCAACUUUGCAAAGAAUUCACAGAUCUGCUGGCGCAGGAUAGAAGUCCUUUGGGGAACACCAGGCCCAACCCAAUACUGGACCCAGGCAUCCAAAGCUGUUUGACUCACUUUAGCCUCAUUACGCAUGGUUUUGGCUCUCCUGCCAUUUGCGCGGCUCUCACGGCUGUCCAGAACUACCUGACGGAGGCAUUAAAGGGACUGGACAAGAUGUUCUUAAACAACAACCCAAAUAGACACACAUCUGGAGGGGAGGCGGGCACCAAAACUGGAGACAAGGAGGAAAAGAACAGGAAAUGAGAAACAUGCCUCCAAACUUUUUAUUUUGUGUAGCUUUAUAUAAAAAGAAUCUUCUAUUGACUUGGAAACAACGACGCACACAUAAAGGAGCAACACUGGGUCAACUGUUUGCAACCAAUGCGGACCUGGAUGCAAGGCUUCAAGAGCAUUUUUAUUGGUAUUUUUCCAGUUUUUCGACACUAUAACUUCCAUUUUAUGUCAGAAUGGCAGGUGAUUUCAAGAUCC